CUGCAUUCUUAAUAGAUAGCCAGCAGGAAAUGCCUCUUAUAGCCCGGGCUGGAGGGGUAGAAAGUAGCGAGGGGAGGGUACAAAAUCCCCAGCCCCUGCUUCCGCAAGCCCUGAGCUGCUCCAAAGUGGGCCAGGCGACUCUGACCACCCCUACGCACCUUCGCCCAGCCCUGGGAUCUUGCUGUCUCAGUUUGAUGGUCAGGAGUUAAGCUGUCAUCUGCGUCCCUCACGAUGGAAGAAACGGGGAAGACCGCUGUCCAGCUGCAGAGACCCAUAAAGACCGAGUGGAAUUCUCAGUGCAUCCUUUUCACCUAUUUCCAAGGGGACAUCGGCAGCGUAGUGGACGAACACUUCUCCAGGGCUCUGAGCAGUGUCAAGAGGCCCCAGCGACUGAGCCCCUCGAGCCAGAGUGCAGAUGUGAUCCUGAGGAACGAUGGUGACAUGCCUCCGAAUCGGUGGCGUUUCUCUUCUCAGUGGACAAAGCCAGAGCCCGGAGCAUCUUUUGCAUACGGUGCCACCGACUGCAGCUUCCACGGGCCCGGUCUCAUGACUAUGGAUCACUACCCGGUGCCCCUGGCGGGGAGCCCCUCCGUUCCAUCUGGCGAGCCGUGGCCUUACCCCUCCCCGGCCAGCCCCAGCUCCUCGGAGCCUGGCUACUGUCACGCCUACUCUGGCGGGCACGUGCCGUCCGAGCCCCAGCCUGAUGGGAAGUAUGAGCCUUUCCUAAGCCUCCUCCAGCAGGACCGAUACCUAGCCCCUCCUCAGGAAGCUGCGGUGUGGGAGGAUUGCAGCUCUGCUCCGACAGCCGGAAGCACGGGAUUGACCUUCAACUUGCCUGCCGGCUCAGCCCACUAAAGCCAGUCUCCAGAGAGAAGAAAUGUGGUUUUUUUUGUUUUUUUUUUUUUUGGUUUUUUUUUUUUUUUUUAUUGAAUUUCAGUCGGAAGAAGAGAAUUCCUUUUUCCAAACCUGCCCGUGAUUUUCUACUGUGAAUCCUGAGGGUCUAGAGACUGCACCGUCCUUUUCCCUUUCCGUCACUGGACAGCAUUGCACCAGGAGCAAGUUUCUGUUCUCCC